CAUCUCGAAUAUAUUAAGUGUAUAAUCUAUGCUAUAAAUUGUAAACAUGUCUAAUGAAUUAGAGAAAUAUUAUUGUUUCAAGAGAGAAAACAAAUUCAUUGUAAAAAGUGGAUCUAAAAAACGUAUGUGGAGAUCUUUAAAACAAAUCUUAACAGCCGAUCGAGCAUUACCAUGGCCAAAUGAAGCAGUUUUAUAUUAUUCAAUAAAUGCUCCGCCAACAUUCAAACCUAUUAAAAAAUAUUCAGACAUAUCAGGAUUACCAGCACCAUAUAUGGAUAGACACUCAAAACUUUAUUUUUCUAAUGCUGAAGAAUUUGCAACAGUCAGGAACCUUCCAAUGGACAUAACAGCAGGAUAUUUACAACUCAGAGGAGCAAACACUAUCGUGGGAUAAGAUGCAUGAUUCUAUAUGCAGUUAAUACCUAUUUGUUAAAGAAGCAUAUUGAUUACCAUAAUUAAAUAAAGGAAGUAAUAGCUUUA